CUUCGACCAAUCAGCUGUUGACAGUUGACAGGAAACGUCAAAUGUUCGCUCUCGAUAACCAAUCAGCAACCGGAGAAGGCGGUUUCUGUCCUCCGAUAUCCCACGUGACCCUCCUCAGUAGUUCCCUGGCGGUCACAUCAGCGAGCCGGAGACUAUGGAUCAGAGGGUCGGGUUGUUUGUUCUUCUGGCAGCAGGCCUCCUAUGCCUCAGUGUAGCCCCGCUAUCUCGGGCUGAGGAGCUUGUUGAGGAAGGUUUGGGUGACGACAUUGACGUGGAGGACGAGCUAGAUCUGGGUCUGGCAGGAGCUGAGGAAGAGGAGAUGGAGGAGCUGGAUGGAGACGUGCAGGAUGAAGAUUCAUCUGCUCCUAAAACUCCUCCUGCACCAAAGGUGACCUACAAAGCUCCAGAGCCAAUGGGGGAACAUUUCAUUGCGGAGUCUUUUGACCGGGGAACACUUGACGGGUGGGUGGUAUCCAGCGCUAAGAAGGAGGAUGCUGAUGAAGACAUUGCAAAGUAUGAUGGUAAAUGGGCCGUGGAGGAGAUGAAGGACAGUAAGCUACCCGGAGAUAAAGGUCUGGUCCUGAAAUCUCGAGCCAAACAUCACGCCAUUUCCGCCCAGCUGCUGCGGCCUUUCACCUUUGACACAAAGCCCCUGAUCAUCCAGUAUGAGGUGAACUUCCAAUUAGGUAUCGACUGUGGCGGCGCCUACGUCAAGCUUCUGACUCAGACUCCUGAUCUCGACCUGGACCAGUUUGUAGAUAAAACUCCGUACACCAUCAUGUUCGGACCGGACAAAUGUGGAGAGGACUACAAACUGCACUUCAUCUUCAGACACAAAAACCCCAAAACUGGAGAGUACGAAGAGAAACACGCCAAGAAACCUGACGCUGACCUGAGGACUUACUACACCGACAAGAAGACACACCUGUACACACUGGUGGUGAAUCCUGACAACACGUUCGAGGUGCUGGUGGAUCAGACAGUAGUGAACAGCGGCAGCCUGCUGACGGACAUGACGCCCCCUGUGAACCCCCCUGCUGAGAUUGAAGACCCUGACGACCAGAAGCCCGAGGACUGGGAUGAGAGGCCCAAGAUCCAGGACCCCUCUGCCACCAAGCCUGAAGACUGGGACGAGGACGCUCCCGCUCAGAUUCCAGAUGAAGACGCAGCUAAACCUGAGGGUUGGCUAGAUGACGAGCCCGAGUAUAUCGGAGACCCAGACGCCGUCAAACCUGAAGACUGGGAUGAGGACAUGGACGGAGAGUGGGAGGCUCCUCAGGUCCCUAACCCUGCCUGUGAGACCGCCCCUGGCUGUGGCACCUGGAAACGACCAAUGAUUGACAACCCCAACUACAAGGGCAAGUGGAAGCCCCCCAUGAUUGACAACCCCAACUACCAGGGUGUCUGGAAACCGAGGAAGAUCCCCAACCCGGCGUUCUUCGAGGAUCUGCAGCCAUUCAAGAUGACUCCCUUCAGCGCACUGGGGCUCGAGCUCUGGUCCAUGACCUCUGACAUCUUCUUCGACAACUUCUUCAUCACAGACGACCGCAACACGGCUGAUCGUUGGGCCAAUGACGGCUGGGGGCUGAAGAAGGCUGCAGAAGGUGCCGCUGAGCCCAGUCUGGCCACUCAGAUGUUGAACGCUGCAGAGGAGCGUCCGUGGCUCUGGGUUGUCUACGUCCUCACUGUGGCUCUACCACUCGUCCUCAUCAUCGUCUUCUGCUGCACCGGAAAGAGGUCUUCAGGAUCAGCUCAGGGUCAGUUGAGUCUCAACACCUUACAGGAAGACUUAAAGGAAGCCAGACGCCCGUCCACCAUCUCCUCAGGCCUGAAGAAGACUCCAGCGACGACAGCAGCAGAGUACAAGAAGACAGAUGAAGCUCAGCCCGACGUGAAAGAGGAAGAAGAAGAGGAGGGGGAGGAGGAAGAGAAGGCUGAAGAGGCAGAGAAGAGCAGUCCAGCUACAGAAGAGAAGAGUGAUGGAGAGGAUAAUCCUGAAGAGGAAGAGGAUGCAGAGAAGGAGGACGAGAAGGAGGCGACAGCUGAUGAGAAGUUGGAGGAUGACGUUCUGCGGAGAUCUCCCAGGAACAGGAAAGUCAGAAGGGACUGAUAUCUCUGAAUCCACAGCCCUGACCUCAGCAUCCCUAUCCUGACCCCCACCCUAAAAUACCCCCUGCUCCCUUUCUCCUCUGCUCUGAGGUGAUGAAACCAGAAUGGAACCCGUUUUGAAGCCGUGAACCCAACAGGAACCUAAUCAAGACCUCCAAUAUGGACGAAUGAUGAUGAUGAUUCCAGUAUGAACAGGACUGAGUUAGCGAGAUUUAAAGGAUUUUUGUUUAUGAAAGAGAUUUAACUGAGAUUAACUAAAACUUCCUUCAUCAUUCCUUAACAACACCUGAGCAGACUCGAACCUGCGGGAUCAACAUGUCCAGUCCCGUCCGAAGCACCGCCCAGCGCCAUACUGAGCUAGCAAGUGCCCUGCCCUACCAACAGCUAAUUAGCUCUCAUCAACUUUGUAAUCAGUCUCCUGACAGAUGAAUGUUUGGCUACCACCAUCCAAUCUUAGGAAGUCUACCAUGAUCCUGCUUGGGCUACUAACAAGCUACUACUGCUAAGAGCAGGUAGGAUUAGCAUACACAUAAUCAGAGAAUUCACCGACCAUGAGUCUUGUUGAGUAGCCCACCACCACCGCUAAUGAGGUUACCGAAGGUCAGGAUAAGCAUACAAAAGGUCAAGAACAUUAAUACGAAAAUCUUGCUAAUUAGCCUGGAUGAGUAGAUAAUUUAGCUUUCAUAGUUAGCAAUCCAAAGUAGCCAUCUUCCUGCUAAAGCUACCACCAGUCUGCUAAAUAGCUCACUGUCAGGGUGCUAAUUAAGUUAACAGUAGUCAGACUUAUUCAACAAACUGUCAGAGAAACCACCAACCAAUAGUCUUGUUAAUAAGCUGUUGAUUAUCCUGCAAAUAUUGUGACCAACUUCCCACCAACUGCUAGGCUAGCAACUAGCUUGUUAGUCACAUUCACCUGCUAACAGUUGGAUCAUAAACCUUCUGUGCACCUGGAAUGGUCAGAGAAGUAACUGACUAAAAGUGUUGCUAGUUGGUCUUCUGGCCUGCUAAUUAGCUCAUGAUGCCUAAUUGCACUACAAUGUAAAGUAGCCUACUAUCAUCCUGCAUGGACAAACAACAGGCUGCUUAAAGCCAGCAGCUAAUGUAACUUCCAACCUAAUUAGCUUGCUAAAAGCUUAUUCACCUACUAACGGUUGGCAUGUUAGCCUCUCUAGAUUUGACAUGAGUCAGCUGGCAUCCUAAAAUCACCCCCAAUUUGGCAACAUGCUAAUUUAAAAAACGCUAACAGGAACACUCCAAUGGACACAACUUUUAUUUUUGCAUUUCUUGAUUCUUGUCAUUUAGUUGUUCCAAAGCUGUUGGCUCCAUUGUUGACGGCUUUAGGUCACGUUUUGUCCCCUGAACGAGGUUUUAUUGUCCUGAUGGCAACGGGGAAAGGUCAGAGGUCACCCUGCUCAGAAAUACAGAGCCUGAAAUGGUUGCAGAGAAGGUGUCAGAGCUGGUAAGGGUGACUGCCAGGUGAUGUUACCCGGCACAGAGGUGGAUGCUGUAGGACCAGCUGUGCGCAUACAGAUGAUUGAUGAUGAUGGUUACAGGCAGCAGAUGAGCUUCUGACUACAGAAACCGGUUUUAGUCUAAUGAUUCAGACUUUUUUUGAUUUCUUUUCUUUUUGAGAUUUCAGUCCAAACAAACAUUCCAGCAGCUUGUAUAACUGCUUACUUCAACAAUCAGACUUUAUUUUCAGAAUCUUUGUCCCUGGGUUUAGCCCCCCAAGCAGAUUAAAAAUCACCAUGUCAGCAGGUGGACAGACAUCCAGUCCCUCUUUCAUCAACCCCAUAUGAAAAGAAAAAGGCACUAAGGGAAAAACUCAGGCGCUUACUCUCGCCUGUCCACCUGCGGCACCAAGACACCUUCAUCAAUCACAGACGCUCUCCUGCAUGGAUCCUGAAGCCAUGUUAGAGUUUAGCCCCAUGUUUAAAAGAGACGGCACUUGAGCGUGAAAGUUGAUUUAUAUCCUUUUGACAAAAUAUUCUUCACUCAUGUUUCACUUACCAGCUUUCCUCCAAAGCUUGCUCUCCAUCUGUGACAGACUUUGGGUCAUGUGACAAUAGCUGAACAAACUCCAAACUUAGAAUCUGUUUGUUACUGGAUUUUAUUCUGCAAUUGUUUUUUUUAUGCAUUAAUUGGCAUCAUCAAUUAGUGCCAAAGUGAACACUGUCAGUCAUUUUGUCACCACUAGGUGUUGUUAAAACAAACCAAAGCUACUAUCUUAAAGAAUAUACCGUGAAGGUGCAGUGUAUAUACGAAUUAUACACCUGUUGAAUUCAUCAGGAACCACUAACUGCUGCUAACUGUAGCUGCCGUUAGCUCAGAAGUGGGAGCUUGGGGUUAGCUCGUCAGCAUGCUACACAUAUUUUUGCUAUGAAUGUUUUCAACUAAAAAUCUUGCAUAUUGCUCCUUUUUUAACAUAGCUUUGUCAUCAGAAAUGGCUUCCAGUCAACUUAAAAACCUGACAGUCAUAGGGAAGACAAAACUCACAGGAAUGAUGUUUUCUUUCUGUCCGAACACUUGAAUCCUGAGCAAAAUAUCCCAACAACCAGAUUUUUCGUUUGUGACCUCCUGACCUUUCCUCUCAUUGCGCCUUCAGGACAAAAUAUCCAGUUUUCUCUCCACGGGUGGUGAAAUUCUCUCAAGGAUUUCAUGAAAUAACUCCAUGAACUUUUCCUGUAAAGAUGCCAGUGUAUUAGUUCUGUGUUCUUUUUUACCAAUCAUGUUAUCAACUAAAAGGAUUAUGAGGAAACUAGAUGAAGACAUGCUAUAAAGAUGCUGUGACUUCUACUUCAAUGUGACUCUUGGUGUACAGUUCAGAGAGCUCUGAAACAAAACUGUUAUUGUGAAUCUGAACGUGUGAAGAAGACAAACAUUCGUCCCGUCUUGUGUCCAUGAGGUGACUGUUGACAUGUCUGUUCUGUCCGUGUUUCUGUGUUCCAGACAGUUAAACAACUAAAUUUUUCUUUCAGAUGUCUGUUUUCUGUCCAUUUAAUUCAGGAUUCCCACCAAUCAUGAACAAGCGUUUGGCAGGCAGUUGACUAGUAAAUGGUGGGCAGGUGUAAAGCCAGAGCUGAUGAUGUGUUUGUAUCUCUGGCUGUUGUGAGAUCAGAUUUUGGGCCUUGCUUCCAUGUCAGGUGACCUUUAACCUUUAUUUUCCUUCUCCCCUUAGCGUAAACAUGAGCUAGUUAGGUUUUGGCUGUAAGCUCUGCUGCUUUUAGUCUUUAUUUUUCUCCUGUGUCGUCUCUAAAUUUAAAGUGUCAGUUUAUGAUGCUUUAGGACAAAUCGCCUCCUGCAGCAGCAGCAGCGUGACAUUCCCGCCAAGAUUGUAUGUUUCAGCCGCUCUCUUCAUCAUCCCCCUUCUAUUUUUAGCCUCAGAUUCUUUUUCUUUCCUCCGGUCACGUCCGGCUGAAGCUGCCUAGCUAACAGACUAGACUGAACACUGUAUCUGCUGGUGAAACUUUACAUGACUCUGUAACUCUGUACUUUUUAUUUUGUUGAAAUGUGUUUGAACUAAACUAAACUGUUGGCCCAGCCUGUUUCUGAUGUACACACUCUGUAGAGAGAUGGACCUGCUGACACACCACAGGAAGGUCCAGCUUUGAAUAGAAAUACUGUGAUGAUGGAGCCUGAUGUGUGUGUGUGUGUGGACAAGCAGUCAGCAUUUGUUUUGAUGAAUAAAAAAGGCCAAAUGGAAA